UUGUUUAUCAGUUAAACAUCACUGUACUUCCGGUCGAUGAUAACAUGCGGGAUUUUGCCACAUUCAGUCAAAUGGUUUAUGACAUUUAAUGGUCAGAUAUCGAAACCACUGUGUAUAAUUUUAGUGGCUUGAACACCUUAGCAAUGUUCAAUAGUGCUAAUGUUUUUAAGGAGCAGAGAAUAGUAAAAUAAUCCAGAGAACAUAGUUAUACUGAGAUCUAUGUUGAAAAGAGGAAUGCUCAUAGAUGUAUUAACUGGAAUUUUUAAGAAAAUUAUCCCAGAAGUUGUCAUCAAAAAACAUCAGUUAAAAUGUCUUGAGUAUGGGAUUUACCAGACUCUUUGAGGGUGACUAAAUGAUUAAGACCACAUUUAUGAGAAUGUGACCGAGUUUGCAAAAGGUAUCACAAAUAUAGCUGAACUUGAGAGACAAACUAGUACAUUAAGAUGAGUAGUCACUGGAACAAUUCAAAGAGAACAUUCUAUUUUCUAGUACAAGUGCUUUGGAUGAAACAAAUUCUUCUGUAGAAUAUAUUUUAUGAAAGCUUUAUUUAUUGGAAAAUGUUGCAGACAGAGGAAAAACCUUACAGAUGUGAGGUUUGUGGUAAAGUGUUUUCUCAAAACAGUCACCUAACAGUUCAUAUUCGUAUUCACACAGGUGAGAAACCAUACCACUGUGAAAUUUGUGGGAAAACCUUUUCCCGAAUGACACGACUUACAGAUCAUAGACGGACUCAUUCAAGAGAAAAACUCUACAAUUGUGAAAUCUGUGACAAAUCCUUUUCUUGUAAAAGUUACUUGUCAGAUCAUAGACGUAUUCACAAAGAAAAAAUAUUCUGCUGUGAAAUUUGUGAAAAGAAAUUUUCUCGUAAUGCUGAUUUAAUGUAUCAUAAACGUGUUCACACUGGAGAGAAACCAUUUGACUGUGAAAUCUGUGGUAAAGCAUUCUUAUGUAGUACUAAGUUAUUGUGUCACAAACGUAUUCACACAGGAGAAAAACCAUACCAAUGUGAAAUCUGUGGCAAGGCAUUUUCUCAGAAUUGUACAUUAACAGACCAUAAGCAUAUUCAUACUGGUGAGAAACCAUACCAGUGUGAAAUCUGUGGGAAAGUAUUUUCACGCAGUACUAAAUUGUCAGAUCACAGAAGGCUUCACAGUGGAAGACAAUACCAAUGUGAAAUUUGUGGGAGAGCAUUCACAUGCAGUAGUCAUUUAUCGAUCCAUAUACGGACACAUACAGGAGAAAAACCAUACCAGUGUGAAAUUUGUGGUGAAGCAUUUUCUAAAAAUGGAAAUCUAUCGCGACAUCAUCUCAUUCACAGUAGAAAAUGAAUUGUAUCACUAUGAAAUUUGUGAAAAUGUCUUCAAAUUUAAAAAUCUAUUUCUUUACUACCCACAAGGGGCUAAACACAGAGAGGACAGACAAACAGAUUAAGUCGAUUACAUCGACCUCGGUGCAUAACUGGUACUUAAUUUAUUGACUCCGAAAUGAUGAAAGGCAAAGUCGACCUCGGUGGAAUUUGAACUCAGAACAUAGCAGCAGAUGAAUACGGCUACGCAUUUCGCCCGGCACGCUAAUGUUUCUGCCAGCUCGCCACCUUAUAACUUCAAAUUUAAAUAUCAAUUAACCUUUUACACAUUUCACAGCUUAAAGAGCAAAUGUAGCGCAGAUUAUUAUAAGAUAUUUUCUCAAAACUGUUUCUUAAUUUUAAAGAAAUAUGUUGACACUGAGCAUAACAUGUCAUAUGAUAAGUUAUGUCAGGGGCGUAGUUUUGCCAUUCUGUGUAGUAUCAGGUAAUGUUUUAUAAAUACAAUACCAUUACUUUAUUGAGAUUUCAUGCUCAUACAAUACAAUGAAAUGAAUACUAAUUUUGAAAAGGAAAAUAUUUAUUUAAAUGAAAUGAAACAAAUUUCUUUAGAUCAGUAAUACUGUUACAGAUGUAAUAUUACCUGGUUUUAACCACAGUGGCAAGGGUAUAUCUCUAAUGUCAGGAGUAUAUGUCAGAUAACACUAAUUAGUAUAUAGUAACUGAGGGAGAUAUAUCUAUUUCUUUACUACCCACAAGGGGCUACACAGAGGGGACAAACAAAGACAUACAAACGGAUUAAGUCGAUUAUAUCGACCCCAGUGCGUAACUGGUACUUAAUUUAUCGACCCCGAAAGGAUGAAAGGCAAAGUCAACCUCGGCGGAAUUUGAACUCAGAACGUAGCUGCAGACGAAAUACCACUAAGCAUUUCGUCCGGCGUGCUAACGAUUCUGCCGGCUCACCGCCUUAACUGAGGGAGAUAUAUCCUUUGGGAGCAGAGUUAUCUCCCUUAAGGAUUUAAACAAACGACAGAGACACUGCUAGUUAGUAAAUAAAUAAAUCUUUAUCCUUGUGAUGUUUGUAUAUACCUUCCCAGUUAUUAUGGUAUUUAACACCAUAUCUUGUAGUUUAUAUUAUAUGUCUUGACAAUCCAUUUGAUUGUUGUUUAACCUUGAGUCAGCCCAGAUUGAUUCCAACAAAAACUAGCCUAUUUUUGGAACGUUUAGGAUUACAUUGUCCAAGGAGUAUUUUUCUUAUUUGAGAUGGUAGGUAUGAUUUGAAGAGAUUUGUCUGCUAUUUCUAGCAGGUUAUGCUACUACAUAGAGCUUUCCUCAGUUACCAAGCAAUUUCUUAGUAUAUUUUACUUGGGUAACAAACGAUGGCCACAAAAUAUCAAAAUAAAUCUGUUUGGUAUUUCUGACGUCCUAAAUAAUUACAAAAUAUUUAUUGAAUAUAUUUCCUAAUAAGCAUGAUAAUUAUUUCA